GGCCGCUGCCGGAUCUCCUUCCUUCACUCAUGUCUGCAACAAUCCGGUUGUUUUUGAACGAGAGCUGCAGAUUUAACCCUUUAAAGGCCUCGCCAGGUUAGGGUUAGGGUUAGACGGCUCCGGCCUCACCAUGCUGGCGACGGGAGCGGCGGUGAGCUCUGCUCUGGCCCAGGUGGACCGGGAGAAAAUCUACCUGUGGAUCAACGAGCUGUCGGGGCCGGAGACGAGAGAGAACGCUCUGCUGGAACUCAGCAAGAAACGGGAGAGCGUUCCGGACCUGGCGCCCAUGCUGUGGCACUCGUGUGGAACCAUCGCCGCCCUGCUGCAGGAGAUCGUCAACAUCUACCCGUCCAUCACCCCCCCCACCCUGACGGCCCACCAGUCCAACCGGGUCUGCAACGCCCUGGCCCUGCUGCAGUGUGUGGCCUCACACCCCGAGACCAGGUCAGCGUUCCUGUCGGCCCACAUCCCUCUCUUCCUCUACCCGUUCCUGCACACGGUCAGCAAGACCCGGCCCUUCGAGUACCUGAGACUCACCAGCCUGGGGGUCAUCGGUGAGUUCAGGUUCUGGUCCGGUCCUGGUCCAGACCUGGUCCCAGACCCGGUUCUAACGGGGUCUCUUAUCUCUUCAGGGGCCCUGGUGAAGACGGAUGAGCAGGAGGUGAUCAACUUCCUGCUGACCACCGAGAUCAUCCCUCUGUGUCUGAGGAUCAUGGAGUCCGGCAGCGAGCUGUCCAAGACGGUGGCCACCUUCAUCCUGCAGAAGAUCCUGCUGGACGACACGGGCCUGGCUUAUAUCUGCCAGACCUACGAACGCUUCUCCCACGUAGCCAUGAUUCUGGGGAAGAUGGUGCUGCAACUCUCCAAGGAGCCGUCGGCUCGGCUGCUGAAACACGUGGUUCGCUGUUACCUCCGUCUGUCCGACAACUCCAGGGCCCGGGAAGCUCUGCGUCAGUGUCUCCCCGAUCAGCUGAAAGACUCCACGUUUGAGACGGUUCUGAAGGACGACGGAACCACCAAGCGCUGGCUGGCCCAGCUGGUGAAGAACCUGCAGGAGGUUCCAGUGACCGACCCGAGGGGGGUGGUGCUGCCGGGCCAGUGACCCGGUACCAGGACCGGGGUACCAGGGGCCUGGGAAUACCAGCACCAGCAUGCAGAGGCUGCAGGGACUCUGUUUCCACGGAAACGCUGCAGCGACGAUGACCCGCACGGCCCGGCGGGCCGGUUCUGGACCCGAGCGACCCGGUUCUGGACCCGAGCGACCCGGUUCUGGACCCGAGCGACCCGGUUCUGGACCCGAGCGACCCGGUUCUGGACCCGAGCGGCACCGCGGGGCGGCUGCCCGUCCGGGUCGGAAGAAAUUGUAUGAACUUCUGAAUAAAUGAAAUGAGUGCAGAUCAA